AUGCAAUUUCGGCGCAAGGGCCCCGUGGUUGUUGGAGAUUUUGUUUUGCAUAGUAUUCACGUGUUUAUGCCAAUGGUUAAACCACCUACACUUUGUGGAAUUGGUAAACUUGCUUACACCCAUAUUCUUAAAAAUACUGCCAGGAAACCAUUUAAAGAAAGUAGGCAUCUAUCUAGGAAAAAGUCAUUGAUAGGUCUUGAUGCAUCCCUGAACUUCAGGUCUAAGUGGUUCAUUAACUGCUGGGGUAAAAACGAUUUUGCAGCUUUAUCGACUGGAAGAGCUUUUCACAAUUAUGAUUGCCGUGCUAAUACACAAACACAUAUGUAUAUAUAUUUCAAAAAAUUAUGUAUAUGGCUACAACUCUAUGCAUACGAAAAACCAAACCCACUAAAAAUCAAAUUGCAUAAUAAAAAAGCAGAUAUACAUGCACGCAAAAAUGGGAAUAUACGAAAAUAA